AUGUCCGAAGAGCAGAAGCCUGUCGCCCAGCCCAACGCUGAGGCUGAGAAGGAUGUCCAGAACGUCCUCGCCGAGCUGAAGGGUGAGAACGAAGCCCCCGCCAACGGUACCGAAAAGAAGGAGACCGAAGAUGCCGAGGAAGCCCGCAUUGUCGAGGCCGCCGCCAAGCUGGGCGAGAAGUCUGAGAAGGCUGAAGAGCAGAAGACGACACAGGAAUCUCGCAACGACAACCGGGGUCGCGAGGGCCGCUUCAACCGCCGCAACAAUGCCAAGUUUGACCCCUCUACGCAGCAGGUGACGGAUGACCCGGUCGAGAUCCGCAAGCAGGUUGAGUUCUACUUCUCUGACUCCAACCUGCCCAUGGACAAGUUCCUGUUCUCCAAGGUCGGCGGCAGCGCCAACCGUUCCGUUCCUCUGGAACUUCUGCACUCCUUCAAGCGCAUGCGCCGCUUCCAGCCCUUCAGCGCCGUCGUCGAGGCCCUCAAGUCGUCCGAGACGCUUGAGCUGACCGAUAACGAUACCUCCGUGCGCCGGAAGACUCCCCUUCCGGAGACCGUGUCGCAGACUCACGACCACAACGUGGUCAAGGUGUUCGAGGACCAGGCCAUGAGCCGUAGCAUCUACGCCAAGGGUUUCGGCGAUGAGGAGCCGACCACUCAGCUUGACAUUGAGGCCUUCUUUGCCCCCUACGGACCCGUCAACGCCAUCCGUCUGCGUCGUGCCUACGACAAGACCUUCAAGGGCAGUGUGUUCGUUGAGUUCGAGUCGGAGGAGAAGCAGAAGGCUUUCCUGGCCCUGGACCCCAAGCCCCAGUGGAAGGGUCAGGACCUGCUCAUCAAGAGCAAGAAGGACUACUGCGACGAGAAGGUGCGCGACAUUGAGGCUGGCCGCGUGAAGCCCAGCGGCUCCCGCGGACGCGGUGGCUUCCAGCGCGGUCGCGGCCGUGGCCGUGGUGGAAACCGUGGUCGUGACAACCGCGAUUGGAGGGAGCGCCGCGCGGCUGACCAGAAGAACGGCUUCAACGACAAGAAGAGUGAGCCCAAGGAGGAGCGCAGUGAGGUCCAGAAGGAUGCUCGUGGCGUCCCCAUUGUCCAGAGCACCGCCGAGUCCGGCCAGAAGCGUGCCGCCGAAGACGAGGCGAACGGCGACCACCCUGCCAAGAAGGUGGACGCCAAGGAGUAA